AGAUAAUUUCUGAUAGGCUGUUAAUUUGCACGCAUUUAUUUAUUUGUAAUUUUUAUUGUAUUAGCUCAAUAAAUAACGACUAAGUUAUGCACACAGACCUAGCACCGCAUUUACACACAGAAGAAUGCAAUGUUCUAAUUAAAAUUCUUCAAGAUUGUCAUGCAGAGCAUCCCUUCAGAAAGUUCAUGGGCUACUGCAACGACUAUGACCGGCAUAUGAGAAAGUGCUUGAAAGGAGAACGACUUCAGCGCCAGAAAGAGAACGCCGAGGCCUCGCGGCGACGACACGCAGAAAUUCGCGCGCGAAUACUAGCACAGGAGCAGGCCAAACAGGCGCAAUAGAUAACAGAAGUAAUAGAACAAAUAAUGGAUUUCCAAAUACUUGAUUCUAUACCAGAUUUGUCUACAACCAAAUCUUUUACCGACCGAUACUUCAGUAAGAGAUACAUCAAAAAUUAUGGUGGAAUACAGAACAAUGAUUUGAUGUUAAUGUUUCAUUCUAACAGAAUCAUGCUACUAAGCUUGGCACCAAGCCACUUCUUUUUCAAGAGUAGUAAGAAAUACAGGAUUAACUUUAGUAUAGGCGCAGUGGAUAGACUUCAAAACUCUGUGAAAGGCAAAGGCAAGAAAGGAGGACAGUAUUUGGAAAAGAAUUCAACAAUUUGUGAAGUAUUUGACGAUGAAACAUCUUUCAAAGUACCAUCUUGUGUUAAAGGCACAUUGAUUGAAAUAAAUGAAAGUUUAGUUGAGCAGCCCGAGUUGCUGAGAGAAAUGCCCGACUCUGAUGGAUUCAUCGCCAUUAUCUUGUCCAGUAUUAAGGUUUCGGAAUCCACAAAGAAUGAAUUACUGACACAUGAAGAUUAUAUGUCAUUAAUAAGAAAUAAAGAUAGUUGUUAAUUAUUAAAUAUUUUGUAUAGCUAA